GGUGUGGGCGGGAAAAACAGUCUUGCUUUUCUCUCAGGUAGGAGAGACGGCAUAAAUGACCUGCUGUGUAACUCUGGACAGCUCCAGAUCAGCUUUUCAACGAGGUGAAGACUUUUCCUACCUUCCUUUUCUCUGUCCUUGCCUGCUGAUUCUGAGAAGAGAUUCGGUCUUCUAGAGACAGAGUCAUGCUGUACACUGAGCUUAUCCAGUUAUGGGACAAAGCUGUACGAGCCGUGGAUAACCGAGACUGGUACGGUGCUCUUGGCAAGCUCAUUCAGAUCUCUGAGCCCACGUCUCGCACUCUGUUCGUCACCGCGUCUGUCCACCUCGCCCUGGGCCAGGUUGAAGAAGCGAUAAAAGCUCUGGAUCGGGUUAUUGCCAAGGAUGAGAGGCUUGCUGUGGGCUUUUUCCAAAGGGCUGCAGUGCACAUGAUGGCAGGAAGACUGGACGAGGCUCUCGGCGACUGCAUUUCAGCACAGACGCACAUGAGAACCAAUGCCGUCAUUGACUACAAACAACUGGGACUGCGCUAUAGACUCUACAGCUGGCAGGUUCUCUAUAAUGCAGCAGCUGUGCACUGUAGACUAAAACAGUGGAAUAAAGCAGCAGAGAUCCUCCAGGCUGCUUUACAGGAGGGAGGAGAAAGAGGAGGUCAAGUCGACGCAGCCCUGCAGAGUGUAGCGAAGAGGGAGCUGAUCGCACCUCUCCUGGUCCCAGAGGGAGUGGUGUUCCGGCCCAGGAAACAGGACGUGGAGGAGCUUCAGCCCAGAGACUUCCUGGGCAAAGCGGAGGUCAUCAUUUCUGACAUCCCGAAUGAUGACUUUGGUGGUUUUGAGCCUCUUAGGUUGCAGAAACCUGGAUAUUACGAGCCACAGGUUGAAGAGGGCCAGGACUCGCGUUACAUGCGCAUGAAGAAUGCGUACAUUGGGAGGAAUGCAGCUGAGCUCACUGUGCCGGCUGGUGCUUAUGUGUACGUGUUCAGCGAAGAAGACACGAACGGAUUCGUUAUGGUCAUACACGACGGCCAGAGGGGCCUGGUGCCAAACUUCCUGCUCGAAACAGUGAGUAAAAAGACAAAAGACAAGAGAAGGAAGGAGAGCUACGCUAGUGGGAUUCCUCUCCCGCCAAGCAUGAAGCCCCCGACACGCCCCGAGGCUGCUGUUCCUCCUCUUCCAGAACUGCCCUUGUUGUACACCAGCAACACACCCACUACACCUUCUACACAGGACAGCAGCACAACCCUGAGUCCUAAUGCCCAGAUGACUGGAGCAGACUCAGUCAUAGUUAAGGUGCACUACAGUUACACCAUUGCUCUGAGUGUCCCACUCGAGACACCGUACCAGGAGCUGCAGGAAAGAGUCGCUCAGAAACUAGGACAGCCUGCUGAACGCAUUCGUCUGAGACAUAAGCAGCGUGGUUCCUCUGUCCUGACACCUCUGGAGGAGGAUGGAAGUUUGAGGAGCCUCGCUGAAGUGGUAGAAGCAGACCGAGUCACUCUGUGGUGUCAGGCCGAGCAUCCUCUGGCCAACAGGACAAUUCUCUACCAGAUGGUGGCACUAUAUGACUACAUGGCACAAGGGCCUGAAGACCUGGAGUUCAGUGAGGGGGACACCAUUGACAUCCUCAGUGAAGUGAAUGAAGAAUGGCUAGAAGGACACACAGCUGGAAAUAUUGGCAUUUUCCCAAGAUGCUAUGCCUACAGAGACUCUCCAGAAAACGCCACAGUCAGUGAAGUGACAUCACAAGAAAAUAUUAAAUAGUGCCUGUAAAUAUAUGAAGAUAUGUUUAUUGGGUAAUAUUUUGCAGUCAAAGAAAAUCUAUUGCAGAACAUUAACGAGUAUGCAGUUCUAUAUUUAAUACAGAAUUUCACAUUCUAAUCAUAUUGAUUAUAUGAAAACACACCUGAUGUUUGCAUGUUCCCAUUAGUCUCAGUGUAGAUUUGUUUCUGGAAAUUCCACAUCAUAUGACCUUCAUUUAUGUUAAUAUUAGCUAUAUUGUUUGAUUAUGUCCUGUAUAUUAUUUCACUAAGGUUAAAUUUGUCUGCCAGGCAUAACUAUCAGUAACUUAUUGUAUGAGAUUAAUACCGUAGGCGGGGCACCUGGAUGUAUGUAAUUUCACAUAAAACUGGAUUGCCAGACUCUCA